ACUAAUAAACAUCACUUACAAAAUAAAAGUGCCAAUCGGUCUGCAAUAAACACAUACACAAAAUUUUGUUUGUUUUGAUUUUUGCGUCGAUGCGAAGAGGUGAAAAAAGUGAAUUGAUUAUUGAAUAGUCACAUUUACCGAAAAGCAAUGGUAAAAAGUCGAGCAAUUGUAAAAAAUUGCCCGAAGUGUGAUGCACGAGUUGCGGUCGCAACAAAAGCAUGUAAAUGCGGCUAUGCAUUCUUCAAGGCAAGACGCUCGGAGCGAAUACGUGAAGCGGUCGAAGAAGUAGAUGAACGACGCCGAACAUCGAGAGUACGACGAGAAAAACCAAAUUACUAUGAUUCACAACAGUUUGAAAAAAAGAAAAAGAAGAAAGAGACAAAGGGAAAACGAAAGGCUUCGAGCCCAGAACGGCAAACCAUAAACGAUGACCAUAGUAAAGAUGGCCCGGCAAUACGACCAAAACGUAAACGUGUUCGCAAAGAAGAGGAAAGCGAAGGAAUUGACCUUUGUGCCAAGCUUACACCGGAACGACAACAAUUAGCCACACUAAUAUUAUCAGAAUUGAAUCGGAAAAUUGGUAGCGUUGUAUGGACACCAUAAUGGCAGGCUAAGAGGCUGGCACACAACGAGAAAUAAAGAAGAUAUAAAAAAUGGUCGAGACACACACACACACAGAGAGAGAGAGACACUGGGGACUUGUUUCGUUUUUUAGAGUUUCACAAAAAGCGAUCUUAUCAAACUAAACCAGAAUAUAAUAUUGUAAAAUUAAGUACAAAUGAAGAGAAAAAAAUAUGAAGAUAAACACCGAUAACCACAAAUGAUAAAAGCGAAUAGAGAAACAAAACAGAACGAAAAAGAAGUCGACGGGAGAACAUCAUGUAUAUUUUGAUGGUGUUUUUUUUAUUUGCUAAAAAUAGAUAUGACUUUAUAAGUAAAACGUU